CCAACUAGGGGAACGAGGUGCAUCGGAUAGGAACAACUGCGGAGGAAUGAACCGCGAUUACGUUUACAACGGAUUGAAAUUUGUUAAGCGACCGGACGGGAUCACAGGAGAUGAUGACCCAAACGUUUACAGAGUGGAAAUGUCCUGUGGACAUGCUGUGGAUCCCAUUUCACUCACGGAAUGGUGUCGGAUCCGUAUAAGUCAGGGUCAUUUCAAAUUCCACUGCCCUGCAUUAAUAGAUGAGACAAAUGAAGGAUGUGGAGAGGAAUGGUCCUACAUGGAGGUGUGCAGACACGCAUUGCUCUCUGUUGAGGAACGGCAGCUUUUUGAAGAGAGGCUUGUCACUCUCGCUGCUUCAAGUUACUGUGAAUACAAACAGUGUCCGAGGUGUGGGAGUUAUGUGGAACGGAAAGAUGAGACGAACAUAUCAGUGACUUGUUCAAUCUGCACGGCCAUCGAUGGAAUCCCUUUUGAAUUUUGCUGGCAAUGUAUGAAGAAGUGGAAAGGCCCAGCUCCACGCUCUGAUAGAUGUGACAAUGAAGGAUGCAUUAAUAUCCAGCUGGAAGCCUUGAAAAAUUGUGCCACAAAAACUUUACCUUACAGCAAUAUUCAAAAUUGUCCUAUAAUCCGUGCUUGUCCCACUUGUGGUUUGCUUAUAGAACAUCAAGAUAUGUGCAAAUAUGUCGUGUGCAUCAGAUGCCAUGUGGAAUUUUGCUUUGCCUGCCUUAACACAAAGGCAAUUUGCACUGAAUCAUCUGAGUAUUCUUUUCAUUGUGCUAUACCUGUAGCCCCAAGGCAAACAAGUAUUCCCAUGUGGAAUCGUACUCAAGAUCAGACCUCUAAUUCCACAUCAGAUUCCAAUUCGUUUGGCGGUCCGAGCCCCACUCCGAGCCCCACUCCGAGUCCCACUCCGAGUCCCACUCCGAGCCCCACUCCGAGCCCCACUCCGAGUCCCACUCCGAGUCCCACUCCACGUCCCACUCCACGUCCCACUCCGAGUCCCACUCCACGUCCCACUCCACGUCCCACUCCAAGUCCCACUCCAAGUCCCACUCCACGUCCCACUCCAAGUCCCACUCCAAGUCCCACUCAAAAUCCUUCAAAUUCUAAUUCUAAUUGCAUAAUUCUGUAAGUUAGCAACCUAGAUCGGAGAUUGCUGAAGGUACAAAAAAUGCACAACAGUCAGUUAAAUAUUGUUAGAGCGUAUUGUGGAAUUUGUUUGAUCCUUCGUUUUCUUAGGACAGAUUGUUUCAUUCAUUGUUCUGAUGGUGAUGUGAUCUGAGAAUACACAAGUAGAAUAAAUAAUUGUCAUUUCAUCUUCCAUAAAACAUCCAUCCCUGAUUUAAAGUGGACUAAUGCAUUAUGUGUAUAUAUAGGUUAAGUGCACGAUAAUCAUGUCUCUUCAUUUUUCUGCAACGUUCUGUGUAUAAUGUGAUGAAAACAUAAUCGAUCGCCUUUGUAUUUACUAUGUUCUUCUGCAUGUGCGUGCCAGUCGAGCUUUUUGCUUUAUUAAGUUUAAAAGUAUUAACUCAUGAUACGCAUCAAUAUUCAAUUAUCCAAAAAUGAGCUGGUGCAUUAAGUAGUGUAUCAUCUUGAGUUGUAAUGUUAUUAAAAUAUAUUCAAUUAUUUUAUAAUUUCUUGUAAAAUAAAAUCUACGUUGAGCAGAAUUGUGCAAAAAGGAAUGUGGUGUGAGUCCAUUUAAAUGAAUAAAUGGAAAUAGAAACAAAAAUAAAUGGU